GGCACUGGUGGGCACAGGUGGGUGGGCACAGGUGGGUGGCACUGCUGGGCACAGGUAGGUGGCACUUCUGGGCACAGGUGUGUGACACUGCAGAGUGGCAAAGGUGGGUGCACUGCUGGGCACAGGUGGGUGCACUGCUGGCACAGGUGGGUGAUCUUCUGGGCACAGGUGGGCGGAGCUAGUGGGCGGAUGGCACUGCUGGGCACCGAUCAUCAGGGCACUGAUCAUCAGUGCCCUGAUGAUCGGUGCCGAUCCCCGCUCUGACAACUGCCGGUUCUCGGCAGUACUUUCCUCACGAUCUGACAGCGUGAGGAAAGUGCAGCCGAGAACCGGCACUUGCA